AUGAAAGCACAUGGUGGUUCCGAAAUGAUGACACAAAGCACUGUCAUCACCCUCUCGUUAUUAUUGGUAUUCAUCUUUGGUUGUUUUUAUAUCAUUCCAUCCACAAAAGGAGAGACAAUACUUCCAUCGGUGCACAAGCAAAAACCUCUCAAAUACAAUGCUUCGUCAAAUUCGACCUCUCUUCAUCACUUGGAUGCUUUGAAAGGGAAUCGACCUAAUACCACGAGUUGUUAUCAUUACCGAAGAAGAAUGGCGAGUGGUUUUUGCAAGUUGAGAAUUGUGACGAAUGAGAAAAAAGUGGAACAAAAAUUGAGACGAUGGAAAGCGUUACGUCAACGAGUGACAAGGAUUGAGAAGAAAUUGGACAAGUUGAAAUUCUCUUAUUCAAAAGCCAAAAAAAGAACCAGACACAUUAUUCGAGCCAUUCAUAGAAUUUCCAAAAGUCGAGCCUCUAAAAGUUGUAAACGCCGUCUCCAUCGAAAAAAGAAAGCUUUAAAAAGAGCUCACAAGAAAGUCAAAAGAAUCUUCAAGCACCUUAAAAGGUUGAAACGAAGAAUGAAAAAGGAAUCCUCACGAAAAAGAAAAGCAUUCCAACAUUAUCAAAAGACAAUUUCUCACCUUCUACGUGUGAUGAAACAAUGCAAAAAGAAAAUUCACAGAGUGGCUCGUUGCAAGUUAGAGGGUCGGAGAAUGGCAGAAGCUCUUCCUCUUCCAAAGAAACUUGUGGAUAUUUUGAGAGUGUUAAAAGUCAAGUUUGCAUGUCUCAAGAAAAAGUCUCAUCGAUUUGAAUGUCUCUCAAAGAGACAAUGA